AUGGGGCAAAGAGCAGGCAGGUGCGGUGCCGACGUCAAGCCCUUACCCCCGCCCGCGUCACCCUCUGCCACUUCCAGCCUGGGCGGCCGAGCCAGCGGCACCGGGAUUGGGGUGAGCGGGGACACCCUGGGUGUCCCCCAGGGACAGGGACCCCAUCUAGUGACAUGGGGGGGGGCUGGGUCCGGCCGCUGGGUGAAGCCCGCGGGGCUGGGAUGGGGCAGGAUGGCUGGGCACGGCGGGGCAGGGGGGUCCUGCCACCCUCCUGGGUGGGGGGGUGGAUGGUGUGGGGUGGCCGCAGGUGGUUGGGGACACACUGGGGGUGACGUGGGGACGGUGCCCAUCCCAGGACCCCGUAAGCAGGAUCGAGCCGCCCUUGCUGGCCUUGGCAAGAUGGGAGAAGCCUUCGGCCACUGGAGCAACCUCCCAUCCCGGAACGAAUAUGACGACGACCCCCUGCUCCGACAGGCCAACAGCUUCGCCCGCCCCAGCGGGAAAAGCAUCUACAAUCAGCGCAAGGACUACGGCCAGACCCUCUUCAAGCCCCAAACCGAUUUCCAGCACCACGUCGAGCACCUGCUGACGGUGCGGCUGGAGAGGGACGUGCGCAGCGCCGAGGACUGCCUGGAGCGCCUGAAGGUGCUGGAGGCCCAGGGACGGGUCUGGGGGCAGGAUCUCAUCCUGCAAGUCAAGGACCAGGAACUGGUGCUGAGGGAUGUGGAGAGCAAGGAGGAGCUGGAGAUGUACCCGCUGGGCAGCGUGCAGGGAUGCUCGGCCUCGCAGGACGACGGCGGCUACGACUCGGUCCUGGCCAUCAGCGUCCAAGAACGGAACCCCCCCGGCACCAGCGUCCUUCUCUUCCAGUGCGAGAAGCUGGGGGCGGAGAUGCUGAAGAGCAGCCUGGAGAAGCUGCUGAAGCAGUGGAAGGAGGAGCAGAGGAGGCAGCAUGGGCACAGGAGCAGCCCGGACAUGCCGCGGAGCCCGGUCCCCCCAUACACGCAGGGUUCCUACGCCCCCCCGGAGCAGUGGACAGAGAUCCCCGAGCCCAACUUCCACGCGCCCCCCCAGCGCAGGCUGCCCCCCUCGGACUACAGCUUGACGGACACCCAGCAGAUGCCAUGGACCAACCCCCCCAGCAAGGCCAUGUCCAUCGUGGACCGAGAUGUUGAGGUCCUCAACCACGUGCUGGGCGACCUGGACCUCUUCGUGGUCCGGCUGAAGACAGCCCUGGGCUUGGCCAGCACCACCAACCUGAAGAAGAAAAAGAAGAAGAAAGGUGCUCUGCCCUCCGCCAGCGAGUACACGGACUUCUUCCAGAAGGUGAAAUACGCCCUCAACCUCGUGGGAAGGACCCACCAGUACAUGCAGGAACCCAACCCCCCUGAGGUGCUGCGUUUCAUCUUCACGGCCCUCUCCUUGGUCCUGGACCACUGCCCCAACCCCCGGCUGGCCCUGGCGGUGGAGACGCCGCUGCUGGUGCCGGAGGCGGUGGAGCUGCUGGAGAAGACCCUGCACCAGAAUGACUACAGGACCUGGAAGAGCCUCGGCAUUGCCUGGAAUAAGACCAGGUGGGGGGGGGGGUGUCCCCAACCCAGCACCAAGGGCGGGGUCCAGCCUGGGGGGGGUGUAUGGGGGGGUCACAGCACCCACCUUGGCUUUCUCCCUGCCCGCUGCAGGGCAGAGUACCCCAACGGUGACCUGCUGCCCGGCUACAUCCCCGUCUUCUCGGACGGGUGGUUGCCCCCCUUGAUGGAGCAGGUACAGCACAGGGGGGGCCAGGACGUCCCACCGCCUGCCUCAGUUUCCCCACCUCGCUCUCAACACCCACCCUUCUCUCUGCCGCCCCCGCAGUUGCCGGUCACCGGCCAGGGGGACAAUCCUGGCCAAGCGGCCCCCUUCCCUGUGCAGGGGCUGGUGCGAGCCCUGUAUGACUUUGAGGGCAGGAACCUGCAGGAGCUGAGCGUCAGGAUGGGGGACACGCUGCAGGUCCUGGACCAGCGGAAGAAGUGGUGGCUGGUGCAGGACAGCCAGGGCCAGAAGGGCUACGUCCCCAGCAACAUCCUGGAGCCCCUGGGGCAGGGGACGAGGGGGCACAGCGCCAGCCAGGACAGCCCCCCCAACCUGCUCCCCAACUCCUCGCCGGCGGAGGUGACAGCUUGGCUGAGCUACAAGGGUUUCUCCAAGAUCACGGUGCGGUGCCUGGGGGUGCUGACGGGCCACCAGCUGCUGCAGAUGAGCCCGGCCGAGCUGCGAGCCGUCUGUCCCGAGGAGUGGCGGCGGGUCCUCUUCAAGCUCUCCUCCGUCAGGACGUCCCUGGGGAUGGGCCCCCAGGACUGAGCCACCCACACCGUGUCCCCCCAACUGUCCCCACCACCCGCCUCCCAGGAUGGAGCACCC